CAAAUGCCCGCUUAAAUACGGAAGCGAGGCGACGCGAGCAUCACUACUCCUCCUUCCCCCCAAAUUUGCCUCCUCCCACCCUGAGACCUCGUCGUCGUCGUCUCCAAUCUCGAGUUCCUUGCCGUGGAAGCAAACUCCGCAUCCAUUCUCCCAAAACCCUAGCCCCCGGAUCCCGGCGCGCGUCGCGGGUUGCUGUUCGUUUGCUGGAUCCUUCGCCCGGGGGUUGGCGGUUGACGCGGCGGCGGCGGAGGUGGGCCAUUGGUGCUCGCCCUCGCCGCAUUGGGGGCGCCUGGGGUGUCGUGCUUGCUCGUGGGGGCGGAGAUCUGGGAGGAGGAGGAGGAGGUGGUGGUGGUGGUGAAGCCGCGGAGGUGCUUGGCUCAAGCGCGGAGAUGGGGCGGUGGGCCGCCGGGAUCUGCGCGGUGGCGCUGGUUUGGCUCGCCGCGGCCGCCGCGGGAGACCUCGAGCCGGACGAGCUAGAGCGCGCAUUUCCAAUUGUGGAGCCAGAUUAUGGCCACACUAAGCUCCGUCUCUCACAACAAGGUCUAGACGCAAUUCGAAGGAUUGAAACUCCUAUUGCUGUUGUUGGUGUCAUUGGUCCAUAUCGAUCUGGAAAGUCUUUUCUCCUCAACCAGCUUCUCUCUUUAUCAUGUGAAAAAGGUUUUGGAGUUGGUCAUAUGCGAGAUACUAAAACUAAAGGUAUAUGGAUUUGGGGUACACCUGUUGAAAUGGACAUUGAUGGUUCAAAAGUGUCUGUCCUUUACCUUGAUACUGAAGGAUUUGAGAGUGUUGGGAAGUCAAAUGUAUAUGAUGAUAGGAUAUUUGCUUUGGCAACUGUCUUGAGUUCAGUGCUAAUCUACAACCUUCCUGAGACGGUGCGUGAAGCUGAUAUAUCUAGGCUCUCAUUUGCUGUUGAGAUUGCAGAAGAAUUCUAUGGAAGAGUGAAGGGGCAAGAUGUUGCUUUUGAACCAGCAAAGCUUCUUUGGCUUAUCCAGAGGGAUUUCCUGCAAGGAAAAUCUGUUCAGCAAAUGGUCAAUGAAGCCCUCCAACGGGUACCUAACGAAAGUGGGGACAAAUAUAUUGAUGAGGUUAAUCAAAUUAGAGAUUCUUUGGCAGUUAUGGGCAACAACAGCACUGCUUUUAGCCUGCCCCAGCCGCAUCUACAAAGAACAAAGUUAUGUGACAUGGAUGACAGAGAGCUUGACCCCUUAUAUGUAAAAAGGCGGGAUGAAUUGAAGCAGGUCGUUGCGUCCAUCACAAGACCAAAAAUUGUGCAGGGGAAAACUCUAAAUGGAAAGGAAUUUGUUUCUUUCUUGCAGCAGAUUCUCGAGGCAUUAAAUAAAGGAGAGAUUCCAUCAACGGGAUCUCUUGUUGAAAUUUUCAAUAAGGCCAUUCUUGAUCGCUGUCUGAAGGUGUAUAGGGAUAAAAUGGAUGGCUUACGUCUACCAGUACCAGUAGACCGACUGCAACAAGUUCAUGAGACAGCAAUUGAUCAAGCUAGAAUGCUGUUUGAUAAGCAGCACUUUGGUAAACACCAUGCUGCUCAGUCAAUCCUUAAGCUUGAUGAUGAGAUAAAAAAGGUGUACAGAAACUUCCUUCUAGCAAAUGAGUAUCAAUCAUCAAAGCUGUGUGAAGCACGCUUCUCAGAAUGUGAAGAUAAAAUGGACCACCUUCAAGUCUUGAAGCUCCCUUCCAUGGCAAAGUUCAAUGCAGGGUUUUUUCACUGCAAUCGAAGUUUUGUAAGGGAAUGUGUGGGCCCUGCAAAGGAAAGCUACGAGCGCAGAAUGUCAAAGAUGCUUGUCAAGUCUCGUGCUCUUUUUAUCAAGGAGUACAAUAACAAGCUCUUCAAUUGGUUGGUAACCUUCUCCCUAGUCAUGGUGGUUAUUGGGCGCUUUGUCAUCAAGUUCUUUUUACUUGAGAUUGUUGCCUGGGUGAUGUUCAUCUUCCUGGAGACGUACACGAGGAUGUUCUGGUCAGCAGAGUCAUUGUACUAUAAUCCAGCUUGGCACAUCAUUGUCUCUUCGUGGGAAACUAUCGUAUAUAGCCCCAUUCUCGAUCUGGACAGAUGGGCGAUCCCCAUUGCCGUAUUAUUGUCUUUUUGGCUUCUUUACUGGCGAUGUUUCGGUAGAAGAAAACGGGGCAGCCGAUCGUCACUCCUGCCACUCCACAACAAGAUCUCCCACAAGAACUCAACGCGCCCGAGAUCAGACUAAUCUGAUGCUCUUUUUUCCCUGAAAGGACAGUACAAAGUAUCAAACUUGUAGAAGCAGAAGAUAGCUGUGAAUCAUCUGUCUUGUCUUCCAUGCCGCGUUGGAGUGGAUUGGAUUGGAUGGGCCUUCUUUUGGUGGUUCCCUGCCAAUGUAUCACUGAUUCGUUUCUUGGCCGCGGAAGACGAUGAAGUCGCUGCCAUUUGAGCGCGUGCGCAAGCGUUGUUGUGGUUGGUAUACGGAGUUUUAUGCAUUUUUGUGUAGCUAGGCUGCCCUUACGGGAUGCGAUCUCAUUCAUUGAUUAUUGUUCACACCCCACCGGUGGAUCUUAUAUAAGGCUUCCUUUUUUUUUCUCUAAACGAAAAAUUUACCAUUAAUAACUACACUUGCUUGUAUGAUGAACUGUGAUGGGAUUCUGGGUGAAAAUGCAUCAACUAAUUUGAUUAUGAAAA